AUGCGGAGCAGAUACACAUUCAUGUCUAUGGAGAAGUUCGGAGACAACUGUGUCUCUAGAGAGGGUAUCGGGGUGGGCUCAGCCUUACUCAGCUUCGCCAUCUUUCACCUAAAGAGCUCACAGCCCUCUUCAAGCAACCUGGAUCUUAAAAAGCCUUUUGAUAAAGCGCUGGAAGCUUAUGAAACUAAAGUCACUAAGAUAGAGAAGGAGAAGAAGGAGCAUGCUAAGCAGCAUGGGAUGAUACGGACAGAGUUCAGUGGAGGAGAGAUCGCUGAGGAGAUGGAGAAGGAGAGACGCCUCUUUCAGCUCCAGAUGUGUGAGUAUCUUCUCAAAGUGAAUGAAAUUAAAACAAAGAAGGGGGUCGAUUUUCUCCAGAACCUCAUCAAAUAUUUUCACGCCCAAUGCAACUUUUUCCAGGAUGGUCUGAACACAGUGAAUAGCCUCAAACCUUCCAUAGAGAAACUGGCUACAGACUUGACUAUAAUCAAACAGACCCAAGAUGGAGAGAGGAAACAGCUUAGUGAGCUCAGAGACGUUCUCAAGUCCUCCCUACAGUCUGAACAGAAAGAGGAGACCCAGGCCAAGCAGACAGGAUACAGCCUUCACCAGCUCCAGGGGAAUAAGGCCCACGGUACAGAACGCUAUGGAAUGCUGUACAAGAAGAGUGAGGGUCUCAGGAAGGUGUGGCAAAAGAGGAAGUGUUCAGUGAAGAACGGGUUCCUGACUAUCUCCCAUGGAACGGCUAACACACCACCAGCUAAACUCAACCUGCUAACCUGUCAAGUGAAGCGUAACCCGGAUGAGAAGAAAAGCUUUGAUCUCUUCUCACAUGACAGAACCUAUCACUUUCAAGCUGAGGAUGAGGCAGAGUGUCAGAUAUGGAUCUCAGUCCUGCAGAACAGUAAGGAGGAAGCCCUGAACGAUGCCUUCAAAGGAGACCAGGACGAGGGAGGGGAGAACAACAUAGUCCAGGAGCUGACCAAGGCCAUUGUCAGCGAGRUCGAGAGGAUGAGCGGCAACGAUGUGUGCUGCGACUGUGGAGCGCCCAAUCCCACCUGGCUCUCCACUAACCUGGGUGUGCUCAUCUGCAUCGAGUGUUCUGGAAUCCACAGGGAGAUGGGUGUUCACUACUCUAGAAUACAGUCUCUCACACUGGACGUCCUGGGAACCUCAGAGCUCCUGCUGGCUAAGAAUGUAGGGAACGCAGGUUUCAAUGAGAUCAUGGAGGCGGACCUGUCUGCACAGAGCGUGACUAAACCGAACCCCUCCAGUGACAUGCAGACGAGGAAGGACUACAUCACAGCCAAGUACACRGAGAAGCGUUUUGCUCAGAGGAAGUGUGCGGACGUGGCGUCCAGGCUGCAAGUCCUGUGUGAGGCAGUGAAGACCCGAGACAUCCUCUCUCUCAUCCAGGUCUAUGCUGAAGGAGUGGACCUGAUGGAGACCAUCCCGCUGGCCAAUGAGCAUGAACCGGGUGAGACAGCACUACACCUAGCAGUACGAAUGGUGGACCGCAACUCCCUCCAUAUUGUGGACUUCCUGGCCCAAAAUAGUGGCAACCUGGAGAAGCAGACAGCCAAAGGGAGCACGGCACUGCACUACUGCUGCCUGACCGACAACAGCGAGUGUCUCAAACUGCUACUGCGGGGCAGGGCCUCAGUCAGUAUUGCCAACGAGGCAGGAGAAACACCAAUGGACAUCGCCAAGCGCCUCAAACAUACGCAGUGUGAGGAGCUGCUGACCCAGGCCGAGACGGGGAAGUUCAACGUCCAUGUGCAUGUGGAGUAUGAGUGGCGGCUCAGCAACGACGACGACCUGGACGAGAGCGAAGAUGAGAUGGAGGACAAGCCCAUUCCCCACAGACGGUCAGAGCAGGAACGUCCUGUCAGCUGUUUCGUCCCGAGCAGUGGUCUCAUGGGUCCAAUGCCUGGUGGUCCCAACAUGGCCUCCCUAGCCCGCGACGCAGCCAGCCUGGCCAGAGACAAGCAGAGAGCCCAUCUCCCCAGCAUGAUGAUGAACAACGAGACCUAUGGCACCAUCCUGGAACUCAGCCCCCCUCCCUCGUUACCGGUGGUACCCAUCCCUCACCUUCCCCCCAGGACAGCCACCAAAGGUCCACGGUGGAAGCAGGCUCCUAUGGAGGUGGUGGGUAGACARAGGUCCUCCUCAGACCCCCCAAACCCUCACACCCCAGACCCCAACAGCUCCAUGUAUGUGCUUCCUCCAACUGCUCCCCCUCCCCCUGUGAACAAGAGGACCAAUGUGAUGGAGCCUAGAGGCCAUAAGACUGGUCCUCUACCACCUUUACCUCCAGUAUUACCUGGGCCUCCAGUGCCAACGGUCAUCCCAGGAGGACCAGUCCUACCAACAGCACCCCCCUUCAAACCCACACAGCCCCCUCCUGUCCCCGCACACCCCUCUCCUGUCCCCGCACACCAUCCCAGCAGGAGAGCCACAGGGCCCAAGUCACCUAWAUCACCGACUAGUUCAGAUAAACCCACUCCUAAAGGACCUCCCACCAGGACUGCUGGACUAACUGAUGGACCAGGUAAACAGACAAAUACAAUUAUUAUAGAAUAUUAAAUAACUGGUCUGUUCUGAUUCAAAGAGCUUUARUGUACAGUUGAAGUUGGAAGUUUAC